AUGUUGCCGGUCGCCCGCGUCCAGGCUGCGGCUGUGGCUCGAGCGGACAGCUGCGUCGUGGGCAUGGUGCGAACACCCGAGCGUGAACCUUUGCUGCAGUGGGUGGGCGUGGUGUCGCGUGCGGCGCUGACGGUCUACGGGCGCGAUGACGGCACGGCCCCUCUGGCGAACCUGUCUGCCUUGCGCGGGCAGCGGGUGGUCGUGAUCCGCGAGACCGCCAACGCGGCACAGCUCCGCGAGCAGGGCAUCCCGGCCCACGAGGUCAGCGGCACGCUGAACGCGCUGCGCAUGCUGCAGGCGGGCCGGGUCGAUUACUGGUACUCCCACACCUACGUGGCGGAAUCCGCCGCCAGCACCGCAGGCGGCACGCCGCUCAAGCAGGUCUUCAGCACGCCGCCGGUCGACGGCUACCUCGCCUGCAACCUGGCCGUGCCUGCCGACACGAUCGACAAGCUCCGUGCCGGUCUCAAGCGCCUGCGCCAGUCGGGCGAGUUGGCGGACUUCGGCCUGCGCUGA